CGACAGAAGGCUGCUGCUGCUAUGCUGAUCCGUGCUCCACCCGAAUCAUUCUGCAGGCGAUGCAAUCUUCGCACGUCCGAGCGCAUCGUGACGCAGCCUGGCAGCGCCGCGCGUACCGCAGGCGGCAGCGCUCUCCUGCCGCUGCUGGGCCACGCCUGCGUCCCAGCCACGACGGUGCUGCUGCGGCAAAGCGGAUCUGGAACGGCACCGGGCGAGCCCGCUCGGAUGUGGAUGCUCGGGCGCGUCUUCGCGUGCGGCGGCACUUGAGCGGUGCACGCGAGAUGCCCAAGCGGCAGGGUCCGACCGACGUCCAUCGUCGCGCGAUGCUGCCGCCGCCGCCCGCUGCUCCUGCGCUGCUGCUGCUGUCCGCGUCGUGCCUCGUGUGCGCUGCUGCAGAGAAGCGCCACCCCACGGAACGCAAGGGUGCAGCAGACAGGCAGCGCCUGCAGACCACAUCGGCGCAGCGCAGCAUCAGCAUCGCCGCCUGCGGCUGCAUCUGCGGCUGGCAGGCUGCUGCGGCAAGCAGGCUGCGUCUCGCGAGACAGGCGUGAGAGGCGAGCCGUCGCAUUAAGCUGCAAGCGAGCGGCGGCGGGCGCAGCAGCAGGAUCGGCGGGGCGUUGACGGGCGUAGUGCGCUAGGAAGGUCGGCGGCCGAGCGAAGGGUCGCCCACGUCGCUCGCGAGGUGCCGCAGCAUGGAGCGUCGGCG